AAAUUUCUCCAAAAAUUAAUCAUGCAAUUAGAUCUAUCAGAGCCCAUCAUCAUCCACCUGCAAAUUUUCUCUAUCUCCUUUCAGCCAGCCCGUCAAGGGACUACGUCAGUGUUCCAUCUCCCAUCUCUAUCCAUAACUUAUCCACAACCUGGUUUACACAAAGCAUCGUUUCGUUUCAUCGAUCGAGCAGAUGGAGAGCUCAGCUAUGGAUGAUGCGGUGGUUAUGUUUCCGUCACCGGCCAUAGGCCACUUCAUAUCUAUGGUAGAGCUUGGCAAGCUCAUUCUUACCUUCCAACCUUCUCUUUCCAUUCACAUACUCAUUGUCUCCGCCCCUUACAGUGCAGGCUCCACUGCCUCCUAUAUUGCUAAUGUCGCUGCCACCACUCCCUCAAUCUCCUUCCACCGUCUUCCCACCAUUACCCUCCCUUCCUCCACCAACACACACUAUGAAACUCUCAUCUUUGAAGUCCUCCGUCUCAGCAAUCCUCAUGUCCACCAAGCCCUUCUCUCCAUCUCCAAAACCUACAAAAUUAAAGCCUUCAUUAUGGAUUUCUUCUGCUUUUUUUCUCUAUCCAUUGCCUCUCAACUUAACAUCCCGGGCUAUUUCUUCUUCACUUCUGGUGCUGGGUGUCUUGCUGCUUCCAUGUAUUUUCCGACCCUUCAUCAGACCACCACCAAAAGUUUCAAAGACAUGAACACCUUUCUUAAUUUGCCGGGUCUCCCACCAAUAUCUUCCUUCAAUUUUUCCUCGGCAGUAAGUGAUCGCAACAAUAAAGCCUACGAAUAUUUUCUAGACAUGGCCUACUGCUUUCCAAAAUCAGCAGGAGUUAUAGUGAACACCUUUGCAUUGCUGGAAGCCAGAGCUCUUAAGGCAAUAUCAGAUGGACUCUGCAUACCUGAUAGUGCAACACCACCUGUUUAUUGUACUGGCCCACUCAUUGUGACCAACAAUCAAACAGAUGGUGACACCGAUUGUUUAAACUGGCUUGAGUCGCAACCGAGCCAAAGUGUUAUCUUUCUGUGUUUUGGUGGGUUGGAGAGAAGUGGCCAAAGAUUCUUGUGGGUAGUGCGUAAUCCACCUUCUGAUAGCCAAAGUUUAGACAUCUCACCAGAUUUGAACUCAUUGCUUCCUGAUGGUUUUUUGGAUCGCACCAAGGAGAAGGGAUUGGUGGUGAAAUCAUGGGCUCCCCAAGUGGCAGUCCCACCUUGA